AUGCUGAGGGAAGAAGAGGAGGAAGAAGAAGAAGAGGAGGAAGGUGGGAAGAAGUUCUACCUGUGUGAGGAAGAGCGGAGCGGCAGGAGGAGCCCGGCAGGCGGUGGCUAUCACCCUGUGUACAGUGAAUUUGAGUGCUGCGAGCGGGUGGUCAUCAACGUGUCCGGGCUGCGCUUCGAGACCCAGCUGAAGACCCUCUCCCAGUUCCCCGAGACCCUACUGGGCGACGCCGAGAAACGCAUGAGGUACUUCGACCCCCUCCGCAACGAGUACUUCUUCGACCGCAACCGGCCCAGCUUCGACGCCAUCCUCUACUACUACCAGUCCGGCGGGAGGCUGAAGCGGCCGGUCAACGUGCCCUUUGACAUCUUCUCAGAAGAGGUGAAGUUCUACGAGCUGGGCGAGGAGGCUCUACUCAAGUACCGGGAGGAUGAGGGCUUCGUCAAGGAAGAAGAAAAGAGGCUGCCGGACAACGAGUUCAAACGUCAGGUGUGGCUACUCUUCGAGUACCCGGAGAGCUCCGGGCCGGCCCGGGGCAUCGCCAUUGUCUCCGUACUCGUCAUCCUCAUCUCCAUUGUCAUCUUCUGCCUGGAGACCCUGCCCGAGUUCAGGGACGACAAAGACAGCCUGCUGCCCCUGGAGGAGGAUAUGAGCCUAGGAGGCGCCGAGAACAGCCACACCGCCUUCAAUGACCCCUUCUUCAUUGUGGAGACAGUGUGCAUCGUCUGGUUCUCCUUUGAGUUUGCCGUCCGGCUCUUUGCCUGUCCCAGCAAGCCGGGCUUCUUCAGGAACAUCAUGAAUAUCAUCGACAUUGUGUCCAUCCUGCCUUACUUCAUCACCCUGGGCACUGAGCUGGGCAACCAGCAGCCAGGGCAGCAGCAGCAGGCCAUGUCCUUUGCCAUCCUGAGGAUCAUCCGCCUGGUCAGGGUCUUCCGCAUCUUCAAGCUUUCCAGGCACUCCAAGGGCUUGCAGAUUUUGGGGCACACCCUGCGGGCCAGUAUGAGGGAACUGGGGCUCCUGAUCUUCUUCCUUUUCAUUGGGGUCAUCCUGUUCUCCAGCGCUGUGUACUUUGCCGAGGCGGAUGAGCCCACCACGCACUUCCACAGCAUCCCCGAUGCCUUCUGGUGGGCCGUGGUGACCAUGACCACGGUGGGCUACGGGGACAUGAAGCCCAUCACCGUGGGGGGAAAGAUCGUGGGGUCGCUGUGUGCCAUAGCUGGGGUUUUGACGAUUGCGCUCCCCGUGCCCGUGAUAGUCUCCAACUUCAACUAUUUCUACCACAGGGAAACACAGAGAAUGAGGAGCAGACUCAGCUGA